AUGUCAAGUAGGGCACGAGAACUAGUCGAGCGGAUCGCUCAAAUGGUAAUUGUUGCCAAAUGCAAGUGUGCAUGGCAGAGAUCGAAAUCAAUGACUCAUGUCAAUUGUCUUCGCAUAGAUACCUGGAUUGUGGAAGAACUUAUUGAAGCAGUGGCGUUAGCUAGAAUUGAAAAUGAUUCAUCGGACAAUUCAGUAAUGUACACGGAAAGUUUGGACAGUUUGAAGUAA